AUGGCUUUGCGCAACUUCACUAUACUCUUCUUCCUCGCGGUCCAUGCCACAGCAGCUGCAAUCCCAACUGCCCCCUCAGUCGAAACAGAUACACAACACGAAAUUUCAAUGCCAUCCAUCAAGGACUCGCCAACGAAUCAAGCCGCGUCAUGGGCUUCGUCCGUGGAGGCCCCACCAGCCGAUAAGAGAUCGCCGUACUAUUUUCCCGAGACUAUUCAAGAUGACAAAGACAUCGAAAAAGAAAUUAUAUUGCAGGAGAUAGCUAUGCGCGAGGCGGGCUUCGUCCUCUCCAGCUCCCGGUCCUCGCAGGGAGUGCAAAAGUCGAAUCGUCAUCCCGUUUCUGGACCGAAUGCUGGGAUCGGCGCUGCUAGUGUCGGCACCGGCGCGGGCGUGGGGUCGGGUGACAGCAGGUACGCGAACAAAGUCUCGAAUUCGAAGCUCAGUGUACAGGGUGGGUUCAUUGAGGAACUUACGAAGGCUGCUUACGAGGCUUCUGAGGAUGAGAGCGCUUUGUUCCCGCCGUUUGGGUUCCUUGUUGUUGCUGCUCUAGUUGUUUGUUUGGUUACUAUUCUGAGAGGGAUUGGGGCUAAGAAGUGA